CCCUCCCCGGCGCUGCGCCGCCACCUGCUCCGAGCAGGCCGCGGGCCGCGCCCCCCGCCCCCCGCCCCCGAAGGCCGAAGGAUGGGGCGGCCGCGGGGCCCCGCACUGCAGCAGCGAGGCCGGCGGGGGCCCCGGGGACCGAGCCCGCCCUCCGCACCUCCCCCGCGCCCCGCCGGCCCGCGAGGAGGAAACCGGAGCCGCGCGCAGACGCCGCCGGCCGGGCCCGGCGCCCCGAGCUCGCCGCGCGCGCAGGAACCUGCAUCAGGAGCAAAGAGAGCCCUGCCCUGUGCCGGCUGAGUUUCCAAGAUGGAACCCAUCACAUUCACCGCGCGCAGACAUGCGUUUCCCACUGACGCUUCAGUGGACUUCGGCCUCCAGCUGGUGGGCUCGCUGCCAGUGCACCCCCUCACCACCAUGCCCAUGCUGCCCUGGGUGGUGGCCGAGGUGCGGGGACUCAGCGUCUCCACCAAGGAGCCCGCCAUCAAGCAAGUCCGCCUUACUGUUGCCCCCUCCGGGCUGAAGUGUGAACCUGAGCCCGGGAAAAGCCAGCAAUGGGACCCGCUGCUCUGUUCCAGCGUCUUCGAGUGUAAGCCUCAGCAUGUCCACAAGCUGAUUCACAACAGUCAUGACCCCAGCUACUUUGCCUGUCUGAUUAAGGACGACGCGGCCGGUAGGCAGAGUAUCUGCUAUGUGUUCAAAGCCGACGACCAGACCAAAGUGCCCGAGAUCAUCAGCUCCAUCCGGCAGGCCGGGAAGAUCGCCCGCCAGGAGGAGCUCCACUGCCCAUCGGAAUUCGACGACACGUUUGCCAAGAAGUUCGAGGUGCUCUUCUGUGGCCGUGUGACGGUGGCCCACAAGAAGGCCCCCCCGGCCCUGAUCGACGAGUGCAUCGAGAAGUUUAACCAUGUCAGCUGCGGCCGGAAGGCUGAGACCCGGGACCUGGCCCCUCAGAACCCCGACACUAUGGGUCCGGCCGUGGCAGGGGGGCUUUCCUUGGCGGACAGGUUCCGCUCGGUGCUGCAGCCCGUGGGCAACGGGGAGCAGGCCCAGCGGCCCAUGCGCAAGUCCUUCUCGCAGCCCGGACUGCGCUCUCUGGCCUUCCGGAAGGAGUUCCAAGGCGGGAACCUGCGCAGCCACAGUUUCUUCAGCUCCUUUGAAGAAAAUGACAUUGAGAACCACCUCAUCGGCGGGCACCAUAGCGUGCAGCCCACAGACAUGGAGGAGAAUCGAACUAUGCUCUUCACGAUUGGCCAAUCUGAAGUUUACCUCAUCAGUCCGGAUACCAAAAGAGUAGCACUGGAGAAGAAUUUUAAGGAGAUAUCCUUUUGUUCUCAGGGCAUCAGACAUGUGGACCACUUUGGGUUUAUCUGCCGGGAGUCUUCCGGAGGUGGGGGCUUCCCCUUCGUCUGCUACGUGUUCCAGUGCGCCAGCGAAGCUCUGGUAGACGAGAUCAUGAUGACGCUGAAGCAGGCCUUCACAGUGGCCGCCGUGCAGCAGACGGCCCGCGCGCCCACGCAGCCCUGUGAUGCCUGCCCCCUUCAGGCCCUGCACAGGCUCUGUGAGCGCAUCGAGGGAAUGAACGCUUCUAAAACCAAGCUGGAACUCCAGAAGCACCUGACCACACUCAGCAACCAGGAGCAAGCAACUAUCUUUGAAGAGGUUCAGAAAUUGAGACCAAGAAAUGAGCAGCGUGAGAACGAGCUGAUUAUUUCUUUCCUGAGAUGCUUAUAUGAAGAGAAGCAGAAAGCGCACGUCCACCUGGGGGAAGUGAAGCAGGCUUCCCGGAUGGUCAUGGAGAAUGCAGGCAAUGAACUGCCCUUGAGCGCCCCACGAUUCAGGCUGGACAUGCUGAAGAACAAAGCGAAGAGAUCCUUAACAGAGUCUUUAGAAAGCAUUCUGUCCCGGGGCAACAAAGGAAGAGGCCCCCAGGAGCCCGUGGCCAGCCGGGAUCCCGAUGGCUCCCCGUUCAGCGCAUCCAGCAGUACCAGCAGGCAGCAGCAGUGGGACCGGGAGGCCCCGGCCGCCUCCGAGAGCUCCUUCCGCCUUCUGGGCUCCUCGGACGACCUGUCCAGCGACUCGGAGAGCACCUCGGCCGAGGAGCCCGCGCCGCUGUCCCCCCAGCAGGCCUUCCGGAGGCGUGCCAACACCCUGGGCCAUUUCCCUGUGGACGGUCAGGGCUCCCCCGAGCCGGCUCCGGGCUCCCCCGGGGUGUCGCAGAGGAAGCUCAUGCGCUAUCACUCUGUGAGCACAGAAACGCCGCAUGAGCGCAGUGUGACUCCUCUGCCCCAGGCCAAGACCAAAAGUUGCUCGGCUCAGCCUUCAGCCCCCGCUCCUCCAUCCCCUCUCAGCCCCUCUGCCUCCUCACCAAACUUUUUUAAGUACCUAAAACACCCCUCCAGUGGAGAAGCCGGUGGGAAUGCAGUGCCCAAGAGCAUCUCCUACCGUAAUGCCCUGCGGAAAAAACUUCAUUCUUCUUCCUCUGUGCCAAAUUUUUUAAAAUUUCUGGCUCCUGUAGAUGAAAAUAACACCUGUGACUUUAUGCAUCCCAAAAGGGACUUUGACUCCAAAUCCAGCCACCCAGGUGACGCCAGUGGGACCCCAGUGAGGACGCGGCGACCAUCCUGGCGGCAGCAGAUCUUCCUGCGCGUGGCCACCCCGCAGAAGGCCAGCGAGUCGCCAGGUCGGUACGAAGAGUACUCAGAGCUGGGUGAGCUCCCACCACGGUCUCCCCUGGAGCCGGUGUGCGAGGACGGACCCUUCAGGCCUGUCCCCGAGGAGAAGAGGAGGACGUCGCGCGAGCUCCGGGAGCUGUGGCGAAAGGCAAUCCUGCAGCAGAUCCUGCUGCUGCGGAUGGAGAAGGAGAACCAGAAGCUGCAAGCUUCUAAGAAUGACUUGUUGAACAAGCGCCUCAAGCUGGACUACGAAGAAGUCACUCCCUGCCUCAAAGACGUCACGACUGUUUGGGAGAGAAUGCUCAGCACGCCGGGAAGGGCGAAAAUUAAAUUUGACAUGGAAAAAGUGCAUUGGGCAGUUGGACAAGGUGUGCCCCGCCACCACCGAGGGGAGAUCUGGAAGUUCCUGGCCGAGCAGCGCCACCUUCACCAGCACUUCCCCAGCAAGCCGCCUCCUCAGGACACGCCCUACAAGGAGCUCCUGAAGCAGCUCACGUCACAGCAGCACGCCAUCCUCAUCGACCUGGGCCGGACCUUCCCCACACACCCCUACUUCUCGGCCCAGCUCGGAGCAGGGCAGCUGUCGCUCUACAACAUCCUGAAGGCCUACUCGCUCCUGGACCAGGAGGUGGGCUAUUGCCAGGGACUCAGCUUCGUCGCGGGCAUCCUGCUGCUGCACAUGGGCGAGGAGGAGGCCUUCCACAUGCUCAAGUUCCUGAUGUUCGACAUGGGCCUGCGGAAGCAGUACCGGCCGGACAUGAUCAUCCUGCAGAUCCAGAUGUACCAGCUCUCACGGCUCCUGCACGACUACCACCGGGACCUGCAUGGGCACCUGGAGGAGCAGGAGAUUGGGCCCAGCCUGUACGCCGCGCCCUGGUUCCUCACCGUCUUCGCCUCGCAGUUCCCUCUGGGCUUCGUGGCCCGGGUGUUUGACAUGAUCUUUCUUCAGGGCACAGAGGUCAUAUUUAAGGUGGCUUUAAGUCUCUUGGGAAGCCACAAGCCCUUGAUUCUGCAGCAUGAAAACCUGGAGACCAUUGUGGACUUUAUUAAAAACACACUCCCCAACCUGGGCUUGGUGCAGAUGGAAAAGACCAUCAACCAGGUGUUCGAGAUGGACAUCUCCAAGCAGUUGCAAGCGUAUGAGGUUGAGUACCACGUGCUUCAGGAAGAGCUGAUCGACUCCUCCCCGCUCAGCGACAACCAAAGAAUGGGCAAGCUGGAGAAAGCCAACAGCAGCUUGCGCAAGCAGAAUCUGGACCUCCUGGAGCAGCUGCAGGUGGCCAACAGCAGGAUCCAGAGCCUGGAGGCGGCGGUCCAGAAGCUGCAGGCCAGCGAGAGCAAGCUGAAGCAGGAGGCGCUGGCGCUGGAGCUGGAGCGCGCGGCCCUGCUACGGACGGUGGAGCAGCUGCGGGGGCAGGCGGGGGACUGACGGCAGCCCCGCGCGGAGGGCGCGCCUCCUCCGGCCUGGCCUGCGCAUCGCUAGGUCCUUGGCUCAGCUAUGGGAGGAUGUAGACGGCAGGGACGCGGCGACACGCCCUGCAAGGAAAGUCGGGCCGGUGCAGGGGGACCGCUGGCAGGGGGCGCGCUCCGUCGCAGAAGCGUGCGAGACCCCCACACCUAAGCCCACCCCGGCUGUCACUGGCCAGCUCCCGGCCUGGCCCAACACAGCUCUCCUUCUGAAAGCUCAUUCCCCCCGGAUUGGGGGAUUUGCACUCGGCGUCCUGAAUUUG